AGGCAGCCUCCUGCUCCCUCAGAUCAAUCACAUGCUGCUGCUUUGCAAACUUAAGAGGACGUCAAGAAACAAGGCGGUGCCACACUUCAGCAGAGCGUCAUAUCCCUCACACAGAAAUAUAUUCCUCACUGGGGAAACUCUGCCGGUCAUUCAGUGCCUGCCGGUAAAAAACAGUGGCAGGAAUUGUUUUGGCGUUCAGCAGCAUGGAAGUAACGAAAGGAGACGAGCGGGCGGAUGAGCAGGGAGCGACUUUAUUUGGGACAACAGAGCUGGAGAGUCAAAGGGGAAACGCUGAACGGGGAAAGAAGAGGAGCAAGCACUGUAAAAUCAUCACUGGGGUUCUGCUGCUGUGCUUACUGGUGGUCAUCCUGGCUGUGGUGCUUUCUCUGAAGAACCGCAGUAGUGGGACAGAAGGGGAUGUUUGGCUGCAGGCAGUCACUGAAGAACCUCUACAGCCACAGUGUCCACCUGGUUUUUCCAAGUCCCCUCUCAUCCUGGUGUCCUUGGACGGUUUCAGAGCAGAGUAUCUGAAAGAUCACAGAAACCAUGUUCCCAUCAUCAACAAGUUACGGGAGGCUGGAACAACCACACCAUACAUGAGGCCUGUUUAUCCCACAAAGACCUUCCCAAACCACUACAGCAUUGUGACUGGGCUUUAUCCCGAGUCUCACGGGAUUGUGGACAACAAGAUGUACGACGUGACCCGAAACGCUUUCUUCAGCUUGAAAACUGAUGAGAAAUUCAACCCAAAAUGGUACCAAGGAGAGCCAGUCUGGGUCACUGCCAUGCGUCAAAAACUGAAAACAGGAACCUUUUUCUGGCCGGGUUCAGAUGUAGCCAUCAAUGGCACCUUCCCAAAUCUCUACAAGGUUUAUGACAAGAGCAUUUCAUUUCAGAACCGAGUGUCGUCAGUGCUUGAAUGGCUCAGUUUACCUCAGGGAGAAAGACCUGACUUCUUCACUUUGUACCUGGAUGAACCUGACACAUCAGGACACCGUUAUGGGCCAGCAAGCUCACAGGUGGUUUCAGCCUUGCAGGGCGUGGACAGGACUUUGGGCAUGCUGAUGGAUGGCCUGAUAGAGAGAAACCUGCACAACUGUGUCAACUUGAUUAUCAUAUCUGACCAUGGCAUGGAGGAGGCCUCCUGUGAAAAGGCAGCGUUUGUGUCAACCUACCAGGAAAAUACUGACGCUUUCGCUGUCAUCCAAGGCCCAGCUGCUCGCAUCAGACCCACUCACCUCCCAGAGGACUACUUCUCCUUCGACUUUGACGGCCUGGUGAAGAACCUGUCGUGCAGGACCCCUAACCAGCCAAUGAGGCCAUACCUCAAAGAAAACCUCCCCAAAAGGAUGCACUUUGCUAACAACAAACGCAUAGAGAGAGGACAUCUCUAUAUGACGCUGGGCUGGCAGGCAGCACUUAACCGCAAGGAACUCAAGUACUGCACUGGUGGAUUCCAUGGCUCAGACAACGUCUUCACCAACAUGCAGGCAAUCUUCAUUGGCUACGGUCCAGGAUUUAAAAACAACAAUGUUGUGCCACCUUUUGAAAACAUUGAAGUGUAUAACCUCAUGUGUGAUCUCCUCGGUAUUCGUCCCUCUCCAAACAAUGGGACGCAUGGCAGUCUCAACCACCUCAUGAAGCAUCCAGUCCACCUUCCAGUUCACCCAGCGCAGCUCUCCCAUGACAGCCCCUGUGAGGCCAGUAACCCUGCCCCCAGUGACGACCUGCAGUGCACCUGUACAUCCCAAACCAAGGAAAAGGAGACAGAAAUGAACAGACAGCUCAUGACGACCAAUUCCAGUGCUAAAGUCAGCUUGCGUCGCCUCCACCACCCUUUUGGCACCCCUAACGUCGUCCAACCAGACACCAGCUUUUGCCUCCUGCACCACUCUGACUACCUCAAUGGAUACAGCAGAGACCGCCUCAUGCCCCUCUGGGUGUCGUACACCAUCCAGCCUCUAACCAGAGUCCGACCCCUGAGUCCAGAGUCGGAGGCGUGUGUUCGUGCUGAUGUACGCAUCCCACCGGCCGCCAGCCAGCUGUGUCUUCGCUACAGAGACAACUCAAAUCUGUCCUACGGCCUGCUGCAUCCCCCCAAUCUGAAUGGUAGUGGACCUGAGACAGACUCUCUAAUCACAAGCAACAUGGCACCGAUGUUUCCUGCAUUUAAAGAUGUUUGGACUCAUUUCCAUGAUGUCCUGCUUCUGAAGUAUUCGCAACAGCUGAACGGAGUCAAUGUCAUGAGCGGGCCGAUAUUUGAUGAAGACUUUGAUGGAAACGUUGAUUCAUUUAAAGCAAUCGCAGGGAAUGAAGCACCCAUCCCGACACAUUUCUUCGUGAUCCUUACCAGCUGUGGAAACUCGACCUUCAGCCCUGUCAACUGCAAAGGCCCACUGCAGGCCAAGUCCUUCAUCCUGCCCCACAGACCUGACCACACAGAGAGCUGUGCUACUGGGUCAGACUUGACGUGGGUGGAGGACUGGCUACAUUUUCACACCGCUCGGGUCAGAGACAUCGAGCUCCUGACCGGUCUGAGCUUCUACCACGACAGGUUAUCAGUGGAAGAGACGCUACAGCUCAAGACGUUUCUACCUACUGCUUAAAAUCAGACAUUUUCAAGUAAAGUUGUAAUUUCCAAAGGAAGCCAUAUUGGUCUGCACAACAGGCCUUUGUCCAUGCGGACACACAAUUAAUCCACUCUCAGUGAGUUUAACAGGAUGCUUCACUUUAUUUUGAGACCUACAUAAAUCCCAAUUUAAAGUUCCAUCCAGCCAUUUUUUAAAAAAGUAAUUUGUCUGAUUCCAAAACCAGUUUAAAAAUUAUUCAAUGUGUGAAAGCCAUGCUUUUUUUAAUCAUGUUUUUAAAGAUGUUUGUACAAAGAAAAUUCAGAGGGUAACUUAUGAAAGAGCUUUGAACCAAAGAUGCCAUCAGAGCUGCUGAAUGGCUCCAGAAUAUUUCCUCAGAUGGGAAAAAAACAAAAGGGAAAAAGAAGCAUUUAUAUUUGGAAGAAGUAUUUAUACCACAGAUGCUUUUAUUGAUAGUGGCAUUUCAGGGAACACCAUGACGAUCAGGGAACAUUUACAUCUGUUGUUUGUUGAGGGAAUCCUGCCAUGCACCUAGAGCAGCAGCUGGAAAAACACCCAAUACGAGAAUUUAAUUUGCUCCUCAAGUAGAAAUUGUUUCCAAGUUUCCACCUGCUACAUGUUGUCAUUGUAUUUCCAUGGUUGUUAUUGCUGUAUUUUCUUAAUACAGCACCAAUGUUGUUUUUAGUAUUUUGUACAUUUUUGGUUAGUUAAUGACAUUUGAUAAGAGAAAUAUUCAACUGUGUGUGUGUGUGUGUGUGUGUGUGUGUGCGUGCGUGAGUGCAUAUACAGUAUAUGUACUGUAUGUAUGGAUGGAUAAUGAGAUUAAUUUGCCCUUGGGCACAGACAUGUAUAAGGCCUCCCAUCUCUUCUACAUGGGAGCAUGACUCCCAGACUGAAAGAGAGACAAAAUGACACAAAUAACAUGACUCGUUUUUAGUCUUUUAUAUCUUUUGGUGGCCAUUUUGCGUCCGUUUGUGAAAAUUUCAUCAUCGUUUUGCAUCUCUUUGUGACCAUUUGCGUCUGUUACUCUUUUUUGUUCGUUUGUUUGUUUUGCACUUCUGUAGUUGUGUCUUCCUGUGCUCAUUUGCAACCGCUGUUGCCUUUGAGAUCAUUUUGUUCCUCUUUGAGGUCGUUUUGGAUCUCUUUCAGUAACAUUCUGCCGGUGAAGCAGAACUCUGAGGUGCUUCUGUUGGUUGAAAAACUGCAGCUGAACUUCAGUUUUUACUUGAUGAGAGCUGGAGAUGAAGAGAGGUUGUCUGUGCCCACUAGGCCUGUUCAGUAAUCUGUCUAUGACUGUGUGCAAAUGUGUGUUUGUGGGUAUUAUUUUUGGGAUCAUCACACUCUUUGUUCAUUUUCUACUUCACAGCGACAAUUUGGAAGUCAAAGUUGGCAAAUAAUUUGUGGAGAAUGAAAAAUUCAGAUUUAGACAUUUCCAUUAUGUGUUAGUUUUUUUCAGUAUUGUCAGAAAUGGUAGCUAUGAACAAAUACACAAUUUCAUAUAAAAACUCUUCUAUUCUGA